GCACUCGUGAAUAAGCUUCCAAGGGCACAAAACAUCCGGUUCUGUAAGAAUUUCUCGGAAAACAAUCGCUGAUCUUCCAACUCGAUUCACUUUGAUAGCAACACGAAUCCGGGAGCACUGUUUUUAGAUAUUAGUUUCAUUUAAUUCCGCAAGACGGCAGUUGUUGAAAAAUGCGCUGACACAAACACAUACAAACAGUUUUGGCGUACCCGUGGUGAAAAAUGGCGUUGUGUUGUGCGAUAUCAAAUGAAGUGCCAGAGCACCCAGUCGUAUCGCCAUCCUCAGGCGCUAUCUUCGAACGUCGCAUCAUCGAAAAAUACAUACAGGAAAAUGGCGUGGACCCAUUCAGUGGCAAAGAUCUCACAGUUGAGGAGCUGAUUGAAGUGAAGACACCACCAAUUGUGAAACCAAAACCUCCCAGUGCCACCAGCAUUCCAGCAACACUCAAACUUCUUCAGGAUGAAUGGGAUGCUGUUAUGUUGUACAGUUUCACGCAGAGGCAACAAUUACAAACAGCCAGACAAGAAUUAAGUCAUGCUUUAUACCAGCAUGAUGCUGCUUGUAGAGUUAUUGCAAGGCUUAACAAAGAAGUCACUGCUGCAAGGGAAGCACUUGCUACACUCAAACCACAAGCUGGAAUUACCAGUGUGCCACAACCUGCUGUUGCUGCUGAAGCUGCAGGCGUUGCAAACCAGCCAACAGAACAAGCUGGUAUGAGCGCGGAAGUCAUCCAAAAACUGCAAGACAAAGCAACAGUGCUCACACAAGAACGCAAAAAACGCGGUCGUACAGUUCCCGAAGAAUUAGUCACACAAGAACAAUUGCGCUCAUUCCGGACACUUGCAUCCCAUCCUAGUUUACACUCCGCUUCCGUUCCCGGAAUACUUUCAUUAGAUAUCAAUCCUUCGGACACGAGUAAAAUUCUUACUGGCGGCAACGAUAAAAACGCCACCGUUUUCAACAAAGACACCGAACAGGUUGUAUGCAUUCUUAAAGGUCACACUAAAAAGGUCACCAAAGUGAUCUAUCAUCCUGAUGAGGAUAUUGUCUUGACAGCAUCACCAGAUGCAACUAUUCGUAUCUGGAAUGUGCCAACGUCGCAAACUACGCUGUUAUUACGCUCGCAUGACAGCGCAGUCACAGGCUUAUCUUUACAUCCGACAGGCGAUUAUGUCCUGUCUACUUCAGAGGAUCAACAUUGGGCGUUUUCAGAUAUCCGCGUAGGUCGCCUGUUGACCAAGGUCAUCGAUCAAUCCAAUGUGGCAUUGACCACAGCACAGUUUCAUCCUGACGGGUUGAUUUUCGGCACUGGUACCGCUGAUUCAAAGGUAAAAAUUUGGGAUUUGAAGGAGCAAAGCAAUGUGGCGAACUUUACUGGACAUUCCGGUGCGAUCACGUCGAUCUCUUUUUCGGAAAACGGUUAUUAUCUUGCAACUGCCGCGGAUGAUGCUUGCGUCAAGCUGUGGGAUUUGCGCAAACUGCGAAACUUCAAAACUCUUCAACUGGAUGAAGGUUAUCAGAUCAAGGAUCUGUGCUUUGAUCAAAGCGGUAGUUAUUUGGCUAUUGCUGGUACAGAUAUAAGGGUUUAUCUCUGCAAGCAAUGGCAAGAAUUGAAGGUGUUCAACGAUCAUACGGCGACAGCGACGGGAAUUCGCUUCGGCAAGCAUGCGCAUUAUAUUGCGAGUACAUCGAUGGACAGGACUCUCAAGUUGUACGGCAUGGAGUAAUUUUAUAUACGUUGGUAGGUCUUUUGUCUUAUGCAAAGUGGAAAGCCGUUUACUCUGAUUUCUGUCCGUCAUCCACGUACCCAUUUAUCACCACAAAAAUUCUUUGUUUUAUAUUUUAUAUUCACAUGAUUUUUGGUUUUUAUUCCACUUUGCGAUAAUUUCCAGUAAUUUUAUUGCAUUAUGUGUAAAAAUUAUACGUGAUUUCAAUCGUAA